AGUCGGGAAUGUCUGCAACGUGAAAGCCUAGCAGGUCGUCUUGUGUUGUGCAGUAGAAAUCAGAGUUACCAGAGUGGUAAGAUCAAAUUUGACAGGAAAUUAGCUGACCCCUUAGAUAUUUUUUAUAUGAUUUUAUUUCGUGAUUAUGCUCGAGUAUGUAUGAGGAACCCAGAACGCAUCUAUUAUAUCACCUACUCUCAUAUAUUUUUGAGAGAAUAGAUGAUCGUGUAUAACAAUUUUGGCAGCGGUUCGACGUCACACUCCCACGUGGCUAUAUUUACCACCUGUCCGAAUCAGCUGAUCAUAACAACAAAGAGUGUGAUAGGGUAGAAGGCUUCGUGGGUACAAUAGACAGUCAUGGCACACAUUGCAAAGGGAUUGACCAUACGUAUCUGCCAGUUGACAGCCCUAAGGGUAUGUCAAAGGCGCUCGCUGUCGCUGUCAGUGCCUAGAGGAGCUGCAGUGGCCCCAAGCAAGAGGGUCGACCUUGGGGGUGUCUUCCCACCGAUGCCCACACCUUUUAAUCCAGAUGAGUCGGUGAAUUAUGACAAAUUUGCCACCAAUAUUGAGGCUUGGAAUAAAGCGCCAUUUAAAGGAUUGGUUGUGCAAGGGAGUAAUGGAGAAUAUGUAUACUUAAGCACUGAGGAACGCAUUGACUUGGUGAAAUGCGUGCGCGAUUCACUGCCAAGAGAUUCCGGAAAAAUCAUCUUGGCUGGAUCAGGGUGUGAAUCAACGAGAGCCACCAUAGAGAUGAGUGAGAAGAUGGCUAAGGCAGGAGCAGAUGCAGUAAUGGUGGUGACUCCCAGCUAUUAUAAGCCAGGAAUGAAG